UUCAAAUUUUGUCUAUGGUGGUACAUCAUAGCAGACGACGUGUAUUCCCGAUGAAUAGAAAGAAUAUUUAAAAAGUCAGCUAUAUUGGUUAGACUUGUUAUGAUUAAAACGCGGAUUCUUACAAUGCUUUUGAGUCCGUCUUUUGUGUAAAAUAAAAUUAUGGAUCAUUUAAUUAUACUGGUGGCUAUAUUACAUUUAUUAUAUUGUCCGUUUACAAAAGUAGAAGAAAGUUUUAAUCUACAAGCUAUGCACGACAUCUUAUACCAUGGUUUUAACCUAUCAGAGUAUGAUCACCAUGAAUUUCCUGGAGUUGUGCCACGAUCAUUUGUGGGAUCAAUUAUAGUCUCAGGCUUGGCAUCACCUUUAAUAGCAACCAUUAAUUAUAUGCAAAUUAAUAAGUUUUUUGCUCAAUAUAUUGUAAGAGCAACAUUGGGCUUAUUAGUAAUAGGUACAUUAAAACUAUAUAGAGAUGCUUUACAAAGCAUCUUUGGUCUGCAAUUUACUAAAUGGUUUGUUGCAAUUACUGUAACACAAUAUCAUUUUAUGUAUUAUUUAAGUCGUACAUUACCAAAUAUAAUGACUAUGCCAUUAGUACUACUGGCUCUAUAUGGAUGGUUGAAACAAAGUCACGUCAUAUUUAUUUGGUCAUCUGCAGCAGCAAUAAUAAUAUUCAGAGCAGAACUUGCCAUGCUACUGGGGUUAUUCCUUUUGUACGAUAUAGCCAACAAGAAACUAACCAUACUAAGACUGUUUAAAAUUGCGGUUCCAGCUGGUAUAUUUUUUCUAACACUAACAACCGCAAUAGAUUCUAUAUUUUGGAAACGAUUAUUAUGGCCUGAAGGUGAAGUAUUUUACUUCAAUACUAUUCUUAAUAAAAGCAGUGAAUGGGGUACAUCACCAUUCCUAUGGUAUUUUUAUUCAGCUCUUCCACGUGGAUUGGCUUUUUCUUAUUUUUUGAUACCUUUAGGAAUGCUAUGGGAUGCUCGAGUUCGAACAUUAACAAUUCCUGGUAUUGCAUUUGUUGCAUUAUUCUCAUUUUUACCUCACAAAGAAUUGAGAUUUAUCAUAUAUGUUUUUCCAUUAUUAAAUGUCAGUGCUGCAGUUGUUUGCCAUAGAAUAUGGGAAAACAGAGCAAAAAGUCCAUGGAAUGGGUUUUUGGCAUUGAUCAUUUUAGGUCAUUUAAUUUUAAAUGCCCUAUUUUCUAUGUUUCUUUUAUGUAUUGCUGGCUCUAAUUAUCCUGGUGGUUUAGCAAUUGCCAAAUUACAUAGACUUGAAAAAGAUUCUCUCAAUCCAGUGCAUGUACAUAUUGAUGUUCUUACUGCACAAACAGGAGUUUCAAGAUUUACACAAACAAAUAGUUCUUGGAUUUAUUCAAAACAAGAAAAUUUAACUAUUGGCAGUCCAGAAAUGCUUCAAUUUACACAUCUUUUAAUGGAAGCCAAAAGUAAAUAUUCACCCAAUAUAAAACCAUAUCUUAAAACACAUGAUAUUUUGGAUUCUGUAGAUGGUUUUUCUCAUAUAGCAUUAAACUAUAAUAUAUUACCACCAAUAAGAAUAAAAACUAGACCAAUUAUAUUUAUCAUGAAAAGAAAACCAUAUAUACAAUAUAAUCCUAAAAAAGCAAUUUAUUUAAAACAGUCAACUGAAAAUUCUACAGAAAUAAAUAUAGAAAACGAAAAAAUAAAUGAUACCGUAAAGAAUGUGGAGCCAAUAUUGGAUGAAAUAAUGGAAUCAUUAGAACAAUUUGAAAAACCAUUAAAUAUUAAAGAUAUAAAUAUAUCAGAUACAGAAAUACAAGAAAUCAAAUUAAAUAAUACAAUAAACGAUUCUAUUGAAUUUGCUAAAUCAUUAAAUACAAAAAAAACAUUUAAUAAUUUAUCUGAAAAUAAUUUAUCACAAUUAGAAACAUCAAAUAAUAAAGAAAAUAAUAAAGAGAUUGCAGUAAAUUUAGGAAAAAAUAUUGGAACUGAGAAUAAUAUUAAUUUACAAUUUCAUAUUAAAAAAGAUUCUACUAUUAAAGAAAAAGAAAAAUUAGAUAUAAAGAAAGAUGAAAAUGAAAAAUCAGAAAUAGAUAAAGAAGAAUUAAAAUUUAAUAUACAAAAUAACAGUACAACUUUAAAAGAAGUUGUCAAAAAAAUUAUUCAAGAAAAAGUAGAAGCAGUUAAAUUAAGAAAAGAUACAAUAGAGGAAAAAUCAGAAAUUUCACAAAAAAUUAAUGCUAAAAUAAAAAGAGUUCCAAUAAAGAUAGAAUCAUCACAAAAAACAAAAAUAACAAAACAAGAUUUAAAAGAAAAAUUAUUAGAAGUUCAAGAAUUAAAAGAAAAACCAACAAUAGUUCAAGAAUUAAAAGAAAAACCAACAAUAAUUCAAGAAAUCAAAGAAAAACCUAUAGAAGUUCAAGAAGCAACAAUUGAACAUAAAUCAAUUAACAUAAAAGAAAGCAUUAGAAAUAUAAUUAAUCAAUUUAAGGAAUUUGAAAAAGAUUUUAUAUACGAAGAUUUGGAAUUGGAUAAAAAUGAAUUAGAUAUUGAAUAUAAUGAACAAUCUAUAGAAAUAAAUACAAAAACAGCAAAAGACUUAUCAAAUAUAGAUACUGUGAUAGAAGAUAAAGAUGCAAAAAAAAUCAAAGAUGUCAAAGAAAGUUUAAGGGACAUAAUAUAUCAAUUUAAACAAAUAAAAAAUGAAUUAACUUCAGAAGAAGAUGAUCAAUUUGAAAAAAUUGAAGCCACAUAUAUGGAACGACCAAUUGCAGAAACAUUAAUGCAAUUUAGUGAAGUAUUAAAAAAUUUAGUGCAACAUAGAAAAAAAAAUAAAAUAUACAAUAUGAACAUUCUUGAACAUAAAAAUGAUGUACCUAAAGUACAAAUGUUGUCAAAAAUACCUCUAGAAAAUCAAAUUCCAUCCCAAUUUUCAAAGAAUUCAAAAAAUCAUAAUAAUGAAGAAAAUAUACAUACUAUAGAAAAAGUUAUUCAAAAUAUUAAUGAAAAAGAAAGUUCAAACCCAGGUACAAAUAAAGUUUUACAAGAAAAAUAUCUUACCUCAUAUAAUAAUAACAGAAAUAUCUUAUUAAAUGCUCAAAAAUCUAAUAGUAUCUCAAAUAAUGUAGAAAAUAAUGCUUCCAAUGAAAAGAAUAAAAUAAUACAAAAAAAUAUUGGAAAUAACUCAAACAAUUAAACAUCAAAAUAUUAAUUCAUUCUUUUAUGUUUUUAAUACAGUUAUAUAAUUAUAAUAAUAUGUAAAUAUGUUAUUCUGUGAUAACAAAAAUGUAUAUCUUUAAUGCUCAUGCAUUACCAACACGGAAAAACGAAUUUUAUUUUUUAAAAUAUUAAAAAAUAUUAGAAAAGGAUAAAACUUUUUUUUUUCUUACAUAAUAUAAAAGUGCCAAUUUUAUAUGUAUACUUGUGUAAAAGGACAAAUUGAAAUAGUGAA